CCCGCCUCUCACCGGAGGGGGCGCCAGGUGAAUGAAAGGGGGGCGUGUCGGUGCGCGCAGCUCGCUGGUGGAGAGGCUGGACCCAGCUGGAAGAGACUCAGGCCCCUUGGGCGCGGCGGCCGCCGGCGGAGAGAUGGAGAUGCAAUCCUAUCACGCCAAGCUCCUGGGCGAGCUGAACGAGCAGCGCAAGAGGGACUUCUUCUGCGACUGCAGCAUCAUCGUGGAAGGGCGGAUCUUCAAGGCCCACAGGAACAUCCUGUUCGCCAACAGCGGCUACUUCCGAGCCCUGCUCAUCCACUACAUCCAGGACAGCGGGCGGCACAGCACCGCCUCCUUGGACAUCGUCACCUCGGACGCCUUCUCCACCAUCCUGGACUUCCUCUACUCCGGGAAGCUGGACCUGUGUGGGGAGAACGUGAUCGAGGUGAUGUCGGCCGCCAGCUACCUGCAGAUGAACGACGUGGUGAACUUCUGCAAGGCGUACAUCAGGUCCUCCCUGGAUAUUUGCCGGAAGAUGGAAAAGGAGGCUGCGGUGGCGGCAGCGGUGGCCGCGGCGGCAGCGGCAGCAGCUGCAGCGGCCGCCGCCGCCGCUGCUCAGCAAGUGGACAGUGGAAGCCCGGGUUCUGGCAAGGAAGGAAUCUCGUGUGGAACCAAGAAGAGCCUGGUGUCCUCUUCGGUCCAGGGAGAGGAGAGCGUGGACUGCUCGAGAGAGCCCCCUUGCGGGGACUGCGGGGACUGCCACCCCUUGGAACUGGUGGUGAAAGACAGCCAGGACCUCUCAGCGCAGGCUACAGGGCUGGGGCCCAAGGUGGAAUUCGGAGCCGACGGGGUGGAGGUGGAAGCGGCUGAACAGCUGCAGCAGUACGCUGCCCCGCUGGGCCUGGCCCGCGUGGACGAGGGCCUGCCGGGCAGCCAGGCCGUGGACCUGGCCUACGGGAACUACCACGUGAAGCAGUUCCUGGAGGCCCUCUUGCACAACGGUGCCGUCCAGAGCAAAGACGACGGGGACCAUGGCUUUCCCCGGAGUUUGGAGGGAAGACCAGACGGUGCAGGCGUGGCCGUGAGCUCCGUGAUGGACGUCCAGACGGACUGGUAUGCAGAAGACUCAGGUGAUGUGCUGGUGGUCCCCAUCAAGCUGCACAGGUGUCCCUUCUGCCCUUACACUGCCAAGCAGAAGGGCAUCCUCAAGCGGCACAUCCGCUCGCACACGGGAGAGCGGCCCUACCCCUGCGAGACCUGCGGCAAGAGGUUCACCCGGCAGGAGCACCUGCGCAGCCAUGCCCUGAGCGUGCACAGAUCCAGCCGUCCGAUCAUCUGCAAGGGCUGCCGCAGGACCUUCAUGAGCCACCUGUCCCCGGGGCUGCGGCGCUUCGGGCUCUGUGACAGCUGCACCUGUGUCGCAGACGUGCGUGAUGAGGACGAUGAUUUGAUGCCGGUUAACCUCAGCCUCGUGGAAGCUUCCUCCGGGAGCCUGGAAAAGAGCGACACGGACAAUGACUGGCCCAUCUAUGUGGAGUCGGGUGAGGAGAAUGAGCCCGUGGGAGAUGAUUCGGAUGAGAAGCCACGAGUGCGACCCGGCUUCCCAGACCGAGAGACACUUACGUAGCGACAGAUCGGCGGGGGGAAUGUCUUAGUGUUUGUUGUGGCCUGUCCUGUGGUUGAAAGCCACCAUUUGUCCAACUUGGUGGCAUCGAGAGAAACACGUUUUCCCUGUUGUGUUGUUUGCAUUGUUGAUAGACUCCGUGGCAGAGGCUGGACUUUGUGACGCAUCACUUUCUUGUACAGGGCCCUCGGCUUCUGAGGGCUGGCUUGGCCCCUCCUGAGUUCGGAGUGAAUCAUCAAGGCUGGUCCCCAGGCCACGGGUUUCCUCCUGGCUACCCAAACUCUGCAUGGGAAGAUAAGAAACCCUCUCACUCGCGUUUGCGCGGUCUCAGUCCCUUACAUUCCUUUCUCAGAAAAGAUGGGCAAGGGUGCAGCACGUUUCGGGUCGGCCUUACCUCUGCCAGGCCCUCCAUUGCGUUCCGCAGUUUAAUUCUCUGGCAGGGGAGUAAAGGGAAAGCGUGACCCCCAGGAAGCAGGCAGGGCUGUCUGGCUCCCCCAUCCUGAGAGGCGCUCUCUAAAUCUAAAACCGCAGUUCUAAAGGUGCAGACAAGCAUGGCGUGGACCAAAAGGCUCAUUAGAGCACCCUGGCUUGGCCAGUUUUAAGUUAGCCCUGGGAAGAGGAGCCUGAGAGCAGGACGAGGCGGUUUCCCUGUCUAGUCUGCUCUCUGACAAUUCUGCACGCACGCAGAUAAUCCGUCCUGUGAGCCUGCAACAGGACAUUUGGGGAAAACUCUAAGUGUCCCCCUGUUGUUUCCAGCCACUUCAAAAGCCAUUGCCCUAUAUCCCGGAAGCAUGGCUGGCCCUGACAUUGUUUUACUAAGUGCAUGCCUAAAACUUUAAUUGGAGGAAAAGUGUUAGACCGUAUAUUUGUGGAUUAUUCACCUCUUAAAAGAUUCCCUUGAGGGAAAGAGAAGGUUACUAAAACAGGUUUCUUAAGACGUCAGUUUUCACCCACUUUGCAGCUGUAUGCAAGAGAGGCUGAAUUCUUUGAGGGACCAAAGGGCAGGAAAUAUUAGGGAUUAAGGAUGUAACGGAAGGCACUUUCGUCAUGUUGUGCAAGUCUUGUAUUAAAGUGCCCAAGUAGAUUUUAAAAGAAAACUCCUGUUUCCCCUUUCACUUUAGAAGAGCUGUGUUGCAAGAGGUGGUUAAAUCAUUUUUCUUUCUCAGACAAUACAUACAUAAAUACAUGCCAUUAUAAAUUGUCUUGUAAAUGUUAGUUGUUGAAGAGUUAGAAAAGGUUGAUAUCUCACUUCUCAACAGUAAUCAGAAUUCUAGAAGAGGGGAUUAUUUUCUAAGGAUCUAGGACAAGGGAAACUCAGAAAUCAAGGACUAAGCGUGCAGACACUCUUGUAACACUGUGGCGUCUACACGUGUGAUCGCGGCCUUGUCUGCCGUAACAGGGCGUGCACUGCUCCGGGUGAGGUCAUCUGGGGAGUCACAUAGAAAAAGGCAGGCUACCGGUACACUCAGUAGGACCAUAUUCUGCAAGACUGGCAGUUUAAAAGCUCAUCUUUUCCUACAGGUAGUUGGUAAAAUAUUGUUCUGGAUCAAUUGUUACACUUUAAUCAGGGACCGCAAAUGCUUUUCUUACCUGAAAUGAAAAUAUUAACAGUUGUUUUAACAGAGGGAUCUUAGCAAAAGGCAAACAUCCCUGGAUGUGUAAAAGAUUUACUUUGCGAGGAGUUUUGUUCCAUAGUUGUUCUUGCUUUGUUUAAAUUAUUUCUGAUGUUUGAAUGUGACUCUUCUACCUCGUGGUUAACUUCUCGGCUGACUUUCUCCAGUUGACCUAGGAGCCUCUUCAGUAACGCUGCGAUCCAUUCAAAUCACCAGGUGAAAAAUUUUACAUUAGCAAUGCUGUGUAAGAUGGCAGCUCUCGCUGCAGGUUGAUGUUGCCUGGGCCAGAAGACCUCUGGCAAUGUCUGGAGAGGUCCUCAGUUGCUACUGCGCAGGACAGCGUGCUGCUGAUACCUGGUUCAUGGAGGCCAAGGUCAGUGCGUAACAUCCUACAGGGCCCGGGCCGCUCCCCCAGCACAGAAUUUCCUAGUUCAAAAUGUCGAAAGUAUGGAGGUUGAGAAACUCUGCUGUAAGAGAAAAUAGGACUUUUUAAAUAGAGUGAACUUCACUUUGCGUUCUGUUGCUGAGGACAGAUGGUUCACAGCUUGCCCAAGGUCUGAUCUCGGUUUGUGCUGUGAAAACUUGGGAACUCUGACUAUGAUUCAGACACUGGUAUUAGGCUCCGAUCAUUUUGUUAAAUUUUUAAGUCACAGAAUCACUGGGAAGAAAACAGAACAUGAAGUUUAAUAUUUAAAUGAGUCUCUUUCUUCCAUAAUGUCUCAGAUGGUUGCCCUCCUGGUUGACUGAUUAGUUUGUGUAACUUACGCAAUAUCAGCCGUCAUUGGUGAUCACCGGACCGCUGGAUUCUGCUACUUUCAAAGGAGCUCACUUCCCGUGUCUGAAUGACCGGAUCAUAAACUAGUCACCCGCCAAAGUUACAUUCACAUUUUUGGUGGUCGGUAUUUACAGUCACGAAGUCUUCCAGGUUUCAUGCAUAGAAUCAGGGAUAUUUUUAUAAGUGAAUUCACAGUUGGGCCCAACACAGAUUAUAAGUGAUUUAGUUUCUAUUCUCGCAUCUUUCUGGUGCAGUCGGUCCAAGUUCACAAAGGGAUAUUUUUGUCUCACAGUAGACAGGAUUCUUUCCCGUAAUGGCAUUCACAGGUGGCAUUCUUGGGCAGUCGUUUCUUUGGGGGGAUGGCAGCCCCUUUCCACAGGGUCAGGAAAGCGUGUAAAUAAGACCCAGGACUGUAAUAAUCAAGAAGUGACGCAGGGCAUCAGAAUUCCUGAUCAGCUAGCAGAAAGAUGCCACUCUGAUGUAAAUAUUUUGGUGGCUACUGACUUUGCUGUCGGCACAGUGUUGUGAAGUUGAGUGUUCUGGCGGUUCAGAAUACUGGCUUUUUGUUGCCCUUAAUGGAUGUUGUCAUGAACCCCACAGGGAGGAAGACAACAGGUAGGGCUGCCUGCGUCAGUUCUAAAAGCAGCAGGGAGACGCGAGUGGCCUUUUGUCAACUGAAUUCACACGUUCACUUGGACCUAUAUGACUUUCCUGUGUGUUCCUUGUGCAUUGAGAAUAGAAUCACUUCCGUGAAAUCUAGCUUGAUGGGGUGGGGUGGGGGGACACAGGGUUGGGCUGGGUGUGAAGUUCCUAUUACACUGUUUUGAGCAUUACCAUUGCACUUCCUGUUGUUGGUGUCUUGUAGCUUGCUUAGUGCUUUUAUGGGCUCACACUCUUCUAACCUCAAAAGGAGGCACGCUGUUCGUUUGGAUGGACCGUGUUUCCACUGAUUUUUGGUUGCUGUAUGUGCCAGGACAAUGUUCCUCAAACCCUUCGUUGUAACACCGGACAUUUGAAUUCUUUUCUUCAGACGAUGCUUCUCAAAGGCAGGUGAAAAGAUCUUUGAGGCAGGAAUAGUUUGGCUGGUUUCUGACUUGCCUUACUUUUAAAAGGGGACUUUGUGUGACCAGAUGAUAUGGAAGCUUCCCCACUGAAGGAGCGUAUUUAGCAAGUGUUGAGCUUCCACGUGGAUGAUUUUGCUACAGCCAAUAUUUCAUUCACAAGAAUGGUCUUAUGGUUUGGGGGAGCAAUUUUUUAAUCUAUCAUUUGGUUUUUGGACCUUUGUCAAUAGUUAAUUAGAAAUCAGGAGGGGUCACAGUAGGGACCAUGUGCUUGGAGGAAGAAAGCUUGGGGAUUUUGAAGGGAGGCAUCAGUUUGAGAUACCUGUCUUGAUGACUUGUAAUGAGUAUGGAUUACCCAGCAGGAAGACAGUGCAGGAUAUGAUCAAGAUGUUUUCUGGGAGCAGAAAAGCACGCCAGACAGUUUCACAGAAGUCCUGUGCAGCAGCCUCUGCCACUACCCAAGACACAGGCCGAUAGUGCUGCAGUCCCCUGCGGGUCUCCUCAGGCUCACUGAGUGCUGGCAAGCAUUCAGGCUCAUAGGUGGCCACACCUGGCGUCACAGACAUUGGAGAGGACACGGGAUGGGAGGCACAACUGGCCAGCAGGGCAGACACAGAAGCAGAUCUUCUGCGAGAGUCCCUGCAGCUGUCCGUGUGGCACAGCUGAGGGGCAAAGAUCCACAUCAGGCCGAUAUGGAAGCUGCCCUUGCCUAAAAGCCGCUUGCCCCACAACAAGCAAGCGUCUCCUGUAACAACUGCAUAGACAUAGCUUCCAGGAUCACCCAGAAGGACAGGCCUCUUCCAAGGGUCACUGUACUCAGGGAAGCCCAAAGCUGUGGCUUCCUAUCAGGUAUUUAUUGUUUUGCCAGUGCACAUGCAAUUUAUCGAUUAGGGGUCAUUUCUACCACAUGGAAUGUUGCCUGGCAACAUAGCUGACACAUGACUCUUCAUUAGGUUGUCAGGGGAACAGAGCACAAAAGUUUACCAAAAGUCAAAUUCUCACACAGAAGGGGAAUAGAUUUUAUUAAUCCUUUACCAAACAGUAUGCUAAGCGAGUACACAAUAGAUAUUCCACCUAAUUGCCAUAAAUGUACCUGGAAGAAUUUCCUACAAAAAUGUUGCCAACACCGCCUCGUUUUCCUGUCUUGAAUAGUAUUCAUUCUUUGUGCUCAGCUGCUUGUGUUUUAGUGCACCAUUGGCCCAUUUUGCCGAGUUAUGUGUAAGAAUUGGAUAAUCAGCCAAAAUGGUGCCAUCAGAAUGUCAUGUAUCCUUUGGUGCUGUGGCGAGUCUGGAACAUCAUACUCCAGGGACAUUAUCAAAUGAGAAUUUCUGAGGAUUCCAUCGGUCAUCCUUUGAUGGGAACCUGUGUCCACCCGGCAGCCAGCAAACACUGGUCUCUUGGUCACAGUGCCUUUUACUGCUAUGACGUGUGGUGCCACCCCUGCCUGCUUCUGUUGCUUCUGGAAGAUCACUAAGUAUGGCUGGAGGGUUAUUUAUUCUACAGCUAUCCAACCACUGUUUGUGGUGCUCUAAUUAUGAGGUGCCAGGCACUAGGGGUAGGUCAGUGAACCAGCAAAAUCCCUGCCCUCAAGGGACUUGCAGUGUGCGGUCGGAGACUGGUGGUUAAACAGUGACAACACAAUGUGCUAAGGGUGACAGGAGGGCAAGAACACAGGGCGCGGGGCUGGGAGCACCUGGCUGCAGCACCUCAGAGAAGGCUUUCUUGGCUAAGCUGGUAUUUCUGUGGUCCUAACCGUCCAGCAAACUUCUAGCUCUUGGACACUAUUUAUAAGCAAUUUGUUUAGUUUUUGAAACUUCCUGCCUUUUCCAGACAUGGUGGGUGUAGACACUAACAUUGUUAAUUAUUUUAUUCAAGUAUGUCAAAAUAUUGUGACUGUUUUAGCAUAUCUUAGUCUUUAGAAAAAAUAUAUAUGGUUUUAUAAUUUUAAAUUUAUAUGUAACAGAUACAAUUAUUAUUUGUCAAUUAAAAAUAAAAUUAAAGCAGUGGCAAUAACAACUUCCCAUUAUGUUGAUCCAGUGCAAUAAGAUAGACAAGGUUUCGCUACUGUGAGAGAUGGGCAGGAGCCCAUUGUCCCUGGAUUGGCUCUUGCCUGGCCAUGUGGAUGAGUUCAUAACCUAGAAAUCAGGAUAGAUGGGAGGGAGACAGGGCCGUUCAGUCAGAGCACUUGGGAGCUAAAGGGGCCCAACCCAUUUUAUAGGCAGAUGAAGUGACUCGUCCCACGUUCCCCCAGUCUGGUUAGUUUCAGAGAGCAGGUCCUGGCAGGCCAGUGCUGAUAACCAACAAGCAUGUUUGGGCAGGCAGCAGAGACCCUCCAUAGAUAGCCAUGGUUUCCUUGGUUACCCAUCAGCCCAAAAUGCUGUCUGGGCCCCUGGUGAUCGGUAUGCUCUGUGUGGUCCUGGCCUGCAUGUCUGUAACGCUUGGAUGGGGAGUGGAGACGAAGAGUGUUGAACACAGGAUGGGGUGGGGUCAUUUAGUUUCUUGGUCCUGUAAUACUCACACAUAUCUGAAGCAAUAUAAACCCCCAUCAGCACACACUCAACUUACUCCCAGAUAAGGCAAAUCAAAAUUUUCUUCGUCUACUUAUUUGAUAUGUAUCAUGUAUUUGGUUUUCUAAUGUGUUCAUUUUAUUUGUAAAAACUUUCAAAAAUAUGAAAUAUAUAUUACCUUGAAAUUAUUUUUCCAACCUCUCUACUGAUUUUUAAAUUGUAAAUUGAGCAUGAUUCAGGGAAUUUGAUAAGGACAAUUUUAUUUGAAACUGCAGACCAUGUAUUUUUAAGUCUGCCAGCCCAUAUAGGGGGUAGUGCUGUGGCUUAGCAGUAAAGCGGCUGCCUGCAGUGCUGGCAUCCCAUAUGGGUGCUGGUUCAAGUCCCAGCUGCUCUUUCCUAGCCAGCUCUCUGCUGUGGCCUGGGAAAGCAGUGGAAGAUGCUCCAAGUCCUUGGGCCCAAGCACCUGUGCGGGAGGCCCAGAAGCUCUGGCUCCUGGCUUCAGAUCAGCCUAGUGGCCAUCUGGGGAGUGAACCAGUGGAUGGAAGACACCCCCCGUCCUGUCUCUCUCUGCCUCUGCCUCUCUAUAACUCUGCCUUUCAAAUAAAUAAAUCUUUUUAAAAAAAUGUAUUUUAGGUAUUUCUUGAGUCAGUGGAUUUUAAUAAAUUGAUUGCAGAAGCAAGUCUUAUUUAAAAGUCUGAAAUAAUAUACAACUUAUUAGUAAAACAGAUUAGCCACUUAAUCUAAAAAUACCUAAAAGCAGUGUUCCUGAUUGUCAAUGAAAUACUUAUCACAUUUUGGAUUAAAACUAAUUUAAGGUUAUCAAAGAUGCAGAUGUUCUUUAAUUUGGUGAAAUUGUCCUGGGGUAAACAGGAAGUAUUCUCAAGUUAAAUUUUGUAUAGAUGUAUAUAAAGUCAGAAAGAGAUACCUUAGUGACAAGUAUAGAAUAGGAACAGCCACUGCCAAGUUCAAGGAAAAAUCGUUUGUUUCUUUAUUGCUCAUUCAGAAACAAAUGCCCUUUCAGAACGUGAAUCUGACCUGAAUUAAAUAGCUGCACAUUUUAGAAUGGCUGAGGUCGAAAAGGUUAAAAGUUUAUUUAGAAUGGAAGAAAUAGGGGAUCGAGGAUAGCUCUUCUCACAUGAAUGAAUUAAUCUUCAUGAUUUAAGUUUAGUUAACUUUUUCUCAGGGAAAUUAUUUUUCACAAAAUCCUAUUUUGAGGAAUUUUAUGGACAAGAUUUUAAAGGGGGAAAAAAUCUCACAAAAUAAAGAGAAUUAUUAAAUAGAGAUCUAAAGAGAAGAAGCCUCCAUCAAGUAUCUUUUCCCGCCUUUGUCCUGUGGUGUUCAGAACAACGAUUUCAUUAUAUGAGACAGUUUCUAGGCAGAGAACCCCAAGUCCUAGCAUUUGAGAUUCUGUGGAGGAAGACUGACCACUGCUUGAUGAACAGGCAAUGCGGGAUCAAUGUAAGAUGUAAGGCAGGGCCAGGCACCCGGCACAGCAGUGAAGGUGCCAUUGGGAUGGCGCAUCCCAUACCGAAAGGCCUGUGUUGAGUCCCAGCUUCCUGCUAAUGUGUACCCCGGGAGGCAGCAGGUGUUGAUGGCUCAAAUACUUGGCUCCCUGCCACCCACAUGGGAGACCCGGUAUUAGUCCCAAGCUCCUGUCUUCAGCCUAGCCCAGCUCUGGCUGCUGUGGGCAUUUGGAGAGUGAACUAACAUCAGAUAGAUGAUCUCUGUCUGUCUGUUUCUCCACUUUUCAAAUAAAAUAUAAAAAUAAAUUGUAAUACAAAAUAUAAAAGGCAGACAACCCCAAAACCACAGGAGCCACAGCCAGUCUAAGCUCUAUGUUCAUAGUUACACACUUUGCAACAACACUUAGAAGAAAAAUAGAAACUGAUUAUCUUUGGCUGCCAAGUUUCUAAAUGGAUUGAUUCAUCUGACAAAGGCCCUUGUCAAAAUGGCUAUUUUAAAAAGAAGACAGGGACCCGCAUUGUGGCGUAGUGGGUUAAGCUACCACCUGCGAUGCUGGCAUCCCAUAUCAGUGCUGGUUCAAAUCCUAGCUGCUCCACUUCCAAUCCAGCUCCCUUCUAAUGCACCUGAGAAAGCAGCAGAGGAUGGCCCAAGUGCUUGAGCCCCAGCACCCAUGUGAGAGACCCCAAAGAAGCUCCUGGCUCCUGGCUUUUGCCUAGCCCAGCCCUGGCCAUUGUGGUUAUUUGGGGAGUAAACCAGAAGAUGGAAUCUCUCUCUCUCAUUCUCUCUCUGUAACUCUGACUUUCAAAUAAAUCUUUUUUUAAAAAAAAGAGAAUCCAAAAUUGGAAAUAAUUUUGACUGUUAGAACAAUAGCAACCAAUACUGGUUUUUGUUUUUGUUUUUGUUUUUUGUUUUGUUUGUUUUGUUUUGUUUUGUUUUUUGUUUUGUUUUGUUUUGUUUUUUUUUUUGGACAGGUAGAGUUAGACAGUGAGAGAGAGAGAGAGAGAAAGGUCUUCCUUUUUCCGUUGGUUCACCCCCCAAAUGGCCACUACGGCCACUGCGCUGCGCUGAUCUGAAGCCAGGAGCCAGAUGCCAGCUGGACUGGAAGAGGAGCAACCGGGACAGAAUCCGGCACCCCAACCGGGACUAGAACCCGGGGUGCUGGCGCCACAGGUGGAGGAUUAGCCUAGUGAGCAGCGGCACCAGCCCUGUUUUUAAAACAGUUACUAGUAAAACAGAUUAGCAGAAAACUUUCUGCUUUUUGGAACUCAGUUGAUCUUUAUGUUCAAGUGGUUAUGGGCUAGGUCUCUGUAUACGGUUCAAUGUCAUCUAGGUUGUGUGUUGUUUUGCUGUUUUCACUUUUUAUAUAUAGACGGCUAAAACCAAGAAACAAUAAAGGAAUGAGUGUACAUAA